ACUUAACUACGAGUAGUAUUUGUAUUGUGUGACCUUUAUCUUUUUCUUCAAGAGCAGUGGCUAUCACUGGCAACAGGAAGAAGAAGCAGUUUCAGAAGCUCGUUUUAGCGUCACGGUCAUGGAGGAAAUGUACGGAGUGCCAACGACGGUGGAGUACGGUGAGAAAACACUGAUGACACCGGAAAAUCUGAUUUUUCCGACGGACUACAACAGCUUCCUCAUGUCCACUUCAUCUACUGGCCGAAUUCCUAUGUUCGGAUCCGACGAUAUCUUCACGGCGGAACCUUCUUCCGCCGGAAUUCAAGAUGACGUGGCAUCUAGUGUUAUGAAAGCCAAAAUCGCUUCUCAUCCUUAUUACCCUCGCCUCCUCCAAGCUUACAUAGAUUGUCAGAAGGUUGGUGCUCCACCUGAAAUAGCGCGUUUGUUGGAAGAAAUUUGUAGAGAAAAUGAUCAGUGUAAAAGGGACGUUGUUGUUUCCACGUGUUUUGGAGCCGAUCCCGAGCUUGAUGAAUUUAUGGAAACUUACUGUGAAAUGCUUGUGAGGUAUAAAUCAGACCUUACUCGUCCUUUUGAUGAAGCUACAACGUUUCUCAACAAGAUCGAAACGCAACUCAGUCAUCUCUGCACUGGUGGUGGUGCUUCAGUUCCAACUCCUUCUGAUGAUGGUGGUGCAUCUUCGGACGAAGAAGAUCUUAGUACCGGAGAUGAUGUUCAAGAUGGACAAUCAAAGAGUGAGGAUCGUGAGCUUAAAGAUAGACUUUUACGCAAGUUUGGAAGCCAUAUUGGUACUUUAAAAUUGGAGUUUUCUAAGAAGAAAAAGAAGGGUAAGCUUCCAAAAGAAGCAAGACAAACACUACUUCAAUGGUGGAAUCUUCAUUACAAAUGGCCAUACCCAACGGAAGCUGAUAAGAUUGAACUGGCCAAGACAACAGGGCUAGACCAAAAGCAAAUUAACAAUUGGUUUAUUAAUCAAAGAAAACGUCAUUGGAAACCAUCUGAGAAUAUGCAGUUCUCUAUGAUGGAAAAUUUUACUGGACGGUUCCUUACUGAAGAAUGAGGUGCAUUUGUAAGACAUUCUCAAUCUCAAAUGUAUAUCCUACUAGGUAAUUAUUGAUGUUAUUUUCUUUUGUAAAUUAUAAAUUAAAAAGCAGAUUACUGACAGUAAAAUGAUUAUUAUAUUCCCACAAGGAUAAAAGGGAAUUGAUCAUAGUAAUUUGCGUCACUUGUAUUCUUGAUGAAUAACUACUUGCCAUUGUGAAUGAAUGUUUAUACUCGUUCAUGGUCC